UCUUCUCUAUCCUGUAUACAAAUCCCUUCAAAGCCACAAAAUGUCCUCUCCCGCCCUUGACACCAUUCACGAUCAAACAGGAGAGCAGGACCUUCACCAGGAGGUGCAAGCGCAAGAGCACUUACCGGUUGAGCCUACGCCAGAAGUGCAAGAAGAGCCCGAGUCUGACCACCAGGACGACGAUGAACAGCCCGAGGCUCAGGUGUUAGAACAAGAACAGGAACAGGUUGCAGAGCAAGAGAGGCUGCAGGACCAAGAGGACCAAGAUCAAGGUGCGGAGCUGGUGUCACAGCAGCCCACAGCCGAGGAACAGGAGGAAACUCGAGAUGAACUUUACAAUGAAGUGUUCGGUAACCAAGGUUCUGAGGCUUCGGAUUUGUCGGACGAUGAAGAUGUGAGAAUGGAUGAGGGAGAGAAGUAUGUGCCCGCUACUGCGACGAGUGCGGCCAAGAUUCCCAAGUUCAAAAAGUCUAAAAGGGAUGAUGAGGAUGAAGAUGAGGAUGAGGAUGAGGAUGAGGAUGAUGGGGGAGAGAGAAGGAGAAAGAAGAAGAAGAGGGCAGAAAGGAGAAGACAGAGGCAAGAGGAAGAAGAUGAAGAUGAAGCACCUGUGCUUGAUGAGGCCACUCAGCGACGCCUUGCUUUGGAGGAGAGAAUAGAUGCUAUUGGCAAGAAGCCUAAGGCCAUUAGACGGAAGAAGAAGGGCGACGACGAUGUUGAUAUUGUUGAUUCUUAUCACGACGACAUUUGCGCCCGACUUCGAGACCGAAUGAUCGCUGCGGCGGACAAGGAUGAGGCCGCCAACAGGAUCAAAAUGCCCGGUACAGCCAAGCUUGCCAUGUUGGACGAAGUGAUGGGUGUGUUGAGAAACACGACCCUUUGGCAGUCGAUCGUUGAUAACGGUGUGCUCGAAGCUGUCAAGAGAUGGCUUGAGCCUUUGCCUGACAAGAGCUUGCCUAGUGUUGGUAUUCAGAAGGCCAUUUUUGAGGUUCUUCCGAAGAUGGACCUCGACACGACCACCUUGAAGGAAUGCCGUCUCGGUCCCAUCGUCCUCUUCUAUACCAAGACUAAGCGCGUCACGCCCGCUAUCAAUCGACAAGCCGACGCCCUCGUCCAGGCUUGGUCUCGGCCGAUCAUCAAGCGGCCAGCAAACUACCGAUCACGAUACAUUGAGAGUCAGAAUGAGGUUGAGCAGUCGCAAGGCGGUGGUGGUACUGGAGGUGGCUACAGUCAGAGCCAGCGAGGUCCGGGGGAGAGGAAAUUUAAGAGAUUUGAUGUCAAGAAAGCUUUGGAAGAGAAUGCGCAUAGGAAGGGCGCUAGGUUGCAGAUUGUUCAGGAUGUGCAAUAUACUGUUGCGCCUGAACCCAAGACGCAUCAUCACGCCGAAGAGAUGCAACAUGUCUCCCGAAUCCAGCAAGAUAAUAAAAAGUUCAACAGGUUUGCUAGACAAGUCAAAACGAAGAAGCAUUAGAAGGGUGUUGGAUUUGUGUGCAGUAGUUCUGUUCGUGUUGUAGCAUGCAUAGGAUCCCAAAAUCAAAACACA